AUGUCCACUCAACUAGACGCCGCCUUCAUCGCCCGUCUCUCCCUACACGAUCCCACACAGUUCAGCAUCCAGCACUCUCAAACCUCUCACCGCCUGGCUCUCCUGCAGCACUGGAAUAUUCCCACUGGCUCCAAGGUGCUGGAACUAGGAUGCGGGCAGGGUGACUGCACGACUGUCCUUGCCAGUGCUGUGGGCGAGCAGGGGAGGGUGGUGGCGGUUGAUCCGGCGGAAUUGGAUUAUGGUGCUCCGUAUACUCUCGGCCAAGCACAGGGUCACAUCUCGCAAGGCCCACUGGGUAUGCGGAUUACUUGGAUCCAGCAAUCCCCCUUGGACUACCUCUCCUCCCUCUCCUCCCCCUCUUCCACCUCCUCGGCGCCUGCCAGUGACCAUAAGGCCUUCGAUGCAACGGUGCUCGCUCACUGCCUAUGGUACUUCGCCUCCCCCUCGCUCAUCCUUUCCACCUUUUCUGCCAUCAAGCAGCACAGCAAGCGUCUUCUCCUUGCUGAGUGGUCGUUGGUAGCGACGCACCCCUCUGCCCAGCCUCACGUAUUAGCUGCGCUCACCCAGGCAGCGCUGGAGUGCCGUAAACCCAAAGGCAGCGUCUCAAACGUCCGCACGGUGCUGGGGCCAAAGCAGCUUACCAAGCUGGCCCUGGCUGCCGGAUGGCAUCUGGAGAGUGAGACUUGCGUGCAAGGUAGUGAAGAUUUGUUGGAUGGACAAUGGGAAGUCUCUGCUUGUCUUUCUUCUUCUUUUGAAAGGGAAGUAGAGGAGAAAGUGAGUGAUGAGAGGGAGCGGGCGGUGGUUCUUGCGUUACGGGAUGCGUGUGACGCAAGCUUGGAGGGUGUCCCCGGGGGUCGCAAAGGAGUUAGGGCCAUGGAUGUUUGGGUUGCUAGUUUUGUCUGA